AUGGCCAAAACGCCCAAACUCAAAGCCAACCCUUCCUCAGCAAAUCCCCGGUCCCGCGCCUCGCGUCGCCUCGCCACAUCGCUCUCCACUUCCGCUCCAGCCCUCAGCUCCUCAGACCCUACGCCCAAUCUCACACAUCCCCCUCCUCACCUCGAGAAAAGGAAUAAUAACGCCAAUGCGGUGCUUAAUGGAGGAAUCACAAAGAAGCGGGGCCAGAAAAGGCAGACGAGACAUCAGAGAUUGAGGCAAGAGAAGGGGCUAGCAAGGGCGGAGGAUGUGCUGGGAAAAAUGGAAGUUAAGGUUGAGAGGGUGGUGAGGAGAGUGAAGGUGGGAAGGGAGAGGAGGAGGGCGUGGGAUGAGGUCAAUGGGGAUGUGGAUGGAGUGAAGAAGAAUGCGAUGGGAAAUGCGAAGGAUGAGGAAGAGAAUAAGGGGGAGGUAAAGGAUGGGAUGGAUAUUGAGGACGAGGCUGAAUGGGUGGAUGAGAACGGAACUGUCGAGAUACUGGGAGAAGAGAAGGAGGCCGAGAUAUUCAGUAUCAAGUCAAAUGUUGUGCCUCCAGAGCCUGAGGUAGAUGAGCUGGAAAAUGAAGAGGACAAGAUCACUUGA